ACAUAGUAUAUCAAAGUGAUUUUACUGCAGUAUGAUUUAAACAGGCACGCUAACAGUAGGACUACCACAAAUGCAGUUCCGGGUUCUUUCUUUAGAUGGUUGAAAACAAUUGCCUUCACGAUUUUGAUGUCUAUUAUGGUUUUUAAAACUGUAGUACUUCAAAAAUUCGACCUCGCUCAACGUGUGGGAUAUUUCUUUUUCAUUCUAGAACAGAAGUGUUCCAGCCACUAAAAGCAGUUUGGAACAAUUCUGAAUGGAUGGAUUAGCGAACAACCUAUCUUCUACUAUGACCACGCCAAAUGUCACAACAACGAUGUUUCCAACCACCAUUACAACAUGGAACCCCACCAACAUGACCAAUGUCACCACCGGGCCGCCAGCCGAGACCACUUCCCUGACCAUGGGCUUCAUCUGGGCUGGGAUCGCCGUCGUUUGCUUUGGCAGCAACUUUGUCCCCAUCAAGAAGUUCGAGACCGGAGACGGGAUGUUUUUCCAAUGGGUCAUGACCACAGGCAUUUGGAUUGUUGGCUUGGUAGUCUACGCCAUCCAGGGUUUUCCACCAUUCUAUCCACUGGCUAUGUUAGGUGGAGUCUUUUGGGCCACAGGCAACAUCUGUGUCGUCCCCAUCCUGAAGUCUCUCGGUCUCAGUCUUGGGAUGCUAAUCUGGGGGACCUUUAAUCUGAUGUGCGGAUGGGCCAGUGGAAGAUUUGGUUGGUUUGGACUUGAGGCGGAAGUGCCGAACAACAUAGCCUUGAACUAUGCAGGUGUUGGCUUAGCUGCAUUUAGCGCAUUUAUCUUCUUGUUCGUCAAGCCGACCCUCAAUGAUACAAAGGAUGACACGAGCCACACCCAGCCUCCAGGCCUACCAGUAGACAAUGAAGCUAGUCGGCUCAUCACGAUAUACGGGUCUGUGAACACGGACCUGUCUACAUCAACCCUGAAGCCAUACUCACUGGAAGGUGAAGUCAGCCGAUUUGAUUCGAUAGGGCCGACAACCAAACGCAUCAUCGGUUUUCUCCUGUCGGCGGUGUCGGGAUGUCUCUAUGGCUUCAGCUUUGCUCCUGUCAUCUACGUUCAGGAAAACUACGAGGGAGCCAGCAAAAAUGGCCUAGAUUAUGUCUUCAACCAUUUCUGCGGGAUCUACGCGACAGCCGUCUUUUACUUCCUUGUGUACUGUAUGGUGAAGAAAAAUCAACCUGACGUUUACCCGCGGGCCAUCCUGCCCGGAAUUGCUAGCGGCGUCAUGUGGGCUGUUGCACAGACAGGAUGGUUUGUCGCCAAUGCGGCGCUGUCCGAGCCAGUCAGUUUUCCUAUUAUAACAACAGGCCCUUGUCUGGUCGCAGCACUGUGGGGUGUUCUCGUGUUCAAAGAAAUUCAGGGCUGCAAGAAUCUCCUUAUCAUGUGCCUGGCAUUUUCUGUGACGAUUGGGGGAACGGUGCUAGCUGCACUCUCAAAAAUUUGAUAGACUCCCUCCGAAUUAUACGUUCACCCUACGAAACUAUUUUAAUUGAGAGAUGUGUUCGUAAGUUGCAAGUUGAGCAACAUCGAACGUGUAUUUUAUGGGGUCAGCAAUAUUUCAACGCAGUGAGUUUUCCUCAGGACAUUUAAAAGCAAAAAAAUGUGAGAUCUAGUGGGACAAAGAAUAGUACCCGAGGUCACCACCAUUCGCUGCAACUUGGCAUCGCUAUGCAGUGUACUUUGCUGAUCUUCAAUAAAUAACUUCGCCAGUGUAAAAGCCUGGUGGAUUUAACCAGUAAUUGCUGCGUAUUUUUAUAGCCAGGUCGUUUUAUGUACUGCACGAAAUUUUUAUAUGCUGUACCUGUUAGUACAAAUAAACAUAUACAUUUAUA